UCCAGAUUUGUGAUAUGAACCCACCAGACAGAGUUGAGUGUGGAUACCCUGGGAUUAGUGCAGAUACCUGUAGAUCAAGAGGCUGCUGCUUCAAUUCGGCCAUUCGUGGUGUAAAAUGGUGCUUCCAUCCAAAAGCCCAGGUGUGUGAUGUGAACCCAGCAGACAGAGUUGAGUGUGGAUACCCUGGGAUUAGUGCAGAUACCUGUAGAUCAAGAGGCUGCUGCUUUGAUUCGGCCGUUCGUGGUGUAAAAUGGUGCUUCCAUCCAAAAGAUGACGGAGAAUACAAUUCCACGGCGUGAAACUCAAAAGUGCUGACAGAGAUGGAGGAAAGAGCAGAGGGGAUCAACAAGUUCCAGGAUGGAGAAAGUUCCCCCGCCUUAUUCUAAGGAGCGUGGAGAGUGAGAGGGCAUAGAGCAGCUGGGGUAGCAGUGUUCUUGGCGGUGAUCCAUGUUUGAAUGAGUGAGUGAGUGAGUGAGACAGGUUCUUGUGUCCGUUCAUGCUGGGGGUGGAAUUGUAACUAAGUAAGGUUGGUGGUAUGCUUUCACAGGGAUGGGCUGACUCGAUGGUAGGAUGGAAUCGGAAGUCGGACAUCUUGGUGAAAGGGCGUAGCUGUAACACUGCUGAACAGCUCUAUUGUGAUCAGCUGUGUUGCGUGCAACGAGCCACAGAGCCAGCACUUCAACCUGCAGCAUCUGCACUGCCACAAACACCACAACCAUUAUGUGCACUUGGAGCACCUGCACUCCCCCUCCACCUCAACCCGUUCCUGCACCAGUGGACUGUGAUUGUUGUAUUAUUAUUAUUUUUGGAACCUUUUGCUUGAGACUGCAAUCCCACCAUUUACUCCCCGAUACCAUUGCUGGUAAAGGGGAUAUCCUUUGUAAAAAUAAACUGGACUAUUUUUACAAUUACA